AUGCUCGAAAAUAUAGCAGCUUGGGUUUUGAAUACAUACAUUGGUGAAUAUUUGGAAGAUCUUGAAACAGAUCAACUCAGUAUAGAUUUGACAUUAGGCCAAUUAGAGCUUGAGAAUGUUCCGCUCAAAAAAACAGCCUUGAGGAAGCUUGAUUUACCUCUGGAGGUGAAAUCUGGAGUACUAGGAAAAUUAACUUUAACUAUCCCAAUCACUCAAAUAAGGACUAAACCAUGGACGUUGAAGUUGAGCGAUGUACUGAUUGUAUUAGGACCCUUGCCAACAAGCCGAAAAUAUGAUGUAGAAGCUGUAGAAGAAGUUGAACAACAAAGAAAAGAACAAAUGCUCCUAGAGUUAGAACAGAGUCAUAAGAGUUCACUAUUGCAAAUGAUGGGCAUGAAAAAAUCGGAAAAUGAAUAUUCAUGGUGGGGAGCUUCUCUGGUUGCUGCUGUUCUACACAACAUUCAGUUAAUUUUGGAUAAUGUACAUAUAAGAUAUGAAGAUAAUUUAACUUUGCCUAACAGUCGGGGUUUUUCGUGUGGUGUUCGUAUUCAGAAGGUGAUCAUGGAGACUACAAAUUCGGCCUGGAAACCAGGCUUUGUUGAACCGGAAGAAGGUUUAAAUAUUUUCAAAAAAUUGGUUUUGACCGGGUUCAGUAUUUAUUGGGAUUCUGAUGAACAGAUAAGAGAAAACGAAUACACUCCUUCAGAGCUCAAAGAAGCCCUAGCAUCUGAAACUGCUCUGAGCUCAUUUAUAAUCGAGCCGUGCAGUAUGGAACUUGUUAUGGAGAAGAACAGCAGCAAGUUCCCUUUGAAAGAAUCUGAACCGCGGUUCAAACUAUUUUUAAAACCAAACAAAACAAUUUGUAACUUGACUCGAAGUCAAAUGAUCGAGUUGAGGGUUCUGAAUAGGGAAUGGGCUCGUUUUGAGAGAGCAAGACAACAUAGAAAAUGGAGACCGUCAUCCUCUAUAAGUAGAAGUACAGCGAAAGAAUGGUGGCAGUUUGCAUUCGGUCGAGUGACGGAUGAAAAGCUUACUGAUCAUUCGAGAAAAACUUGGCAAUACGCUUUGAAUCGAGCGCGGCUCAUGAACGCAUAUUGUAGAGCCUACAGAAGACGUUUAUUGGGUCUUGUUCACAAUCCGAAUGCUCCAGAUAGUGUUGCCGAUCCUGCUACUUCUAAUGCAGCUGGUACGGGUUCAGUUGACGAUAAAGCUAUAAUGAAGCAAAUCGAACGUGAUGCUCAAUAUACAUAUAAUGAUAUACAACUACUUCGAGAAAUUGUUUAUAAACGUUUGCAACAUGAGCACGAACAGAGAACCCCUCCAGAGCCUUUGGAAGAAGUAUUUGAGUCUGUGGAAACUCCUGUAGAGGAGAUACCUAAAGCACCUGGUAAAUAUGAAGGCACAGGAAUAUACGGAUGGUUUUCUAGUUUCUUUGGUGCUUCUAAAACGAAUGAGAUCAUUGAGGAGAAAUUGCCAGGCAUCGAGAAGCUUGACCUCAGUGACUUGAAGAACAUUCCGAAAUCUUUCAAUCUCAAAGAUAUGGAGGAUGAGUUUCUGGACGUUCUUCAUGAAUCUUGGGAUGAUUCUACCUUACUGAGGAAAGAUAAUCUAUUGGCCGAAAUUCUUUUGCAAAUGGAGCAGAUAACAUUGCGUUUCAUAGACUCAAGCAUCAUAUCUGGAGUGGAACAACGGAGAGUUUUAGCUAUGCAGCUUAACAAAGUUUCUUCACGAGUUGAGCUCAGUCCUCGUCAUUCGACCUUCUCAGUUCAAUUAUCUGUAGAUGACAUGAGUAUUCAACGUUUAAGAACUGGUCAUGCCCCUUCUAGUAAAAACUCCACGAAUAAAGGAGAAGAUGAGUCUUCUAUGUUUAAUUUGGCUGAAACGACAAAAAUAUUGCUUGCGAUAGGUCGGAAAGAUUCCAAGACGUUAAAGAGUGAUCCGAUCUUCCGCAUGCAAUACCGUCGAUCAGAGAAGAAGUUCACCGUGAAGCAUGUCAUAGAAGGAUGCUUAAAACCAAUAUCUGUGAUUUAUGAAGAGAAUGCUUUAGCUGGUUUGUCCACUCUUUUCGCUGACGAUCCACUCGUUUUCAAAUCGGAUGUUUCAUUCGACAAUACGGAAACUUAUAAGCUUGAAUCGCAUAUCCUCGCCAAUUUUCACAUACCGGAGGUUACGAUGGAGGUCAGAUAUAAGGGAUCGUCUUCUAGCAACCUUCCUGAAUGGGAACCGGGAGACUCUCUCGUUUGUUUUGAUGUGAAUGACGUGCUUCUCGGAGUGAACAGCGAGGAUCGCUACAUGAGCCGGCUCAAAAUAAAUGUUGGAUACUUGGAAUGCAUUGAUCUUGCCAACAACAAAUCCCGUUUGUUAGUAUCUGGAAAGAAAUUGCACAAAAAGACGGACUCUCUGUCUAAUUCUUGCCCCAGUUUGAAUCAGAUACCUAGAGUUGAACUGGGAGGUGCUCAUUCCCUACCAACUUCAACUUUCCUGGAUAAUAUGCCUGAACAAAAUUUCAAUAAUGGAAAAAAAAUCAGCUUCUUAGAGAACGAUACUUACCGAGAAAUUGAAAUUUUGGUUACUCUGAUCGACAGUCGUCAUGCUCAGUUUGAUUCAUACAAGAGUAACUGUAUUAUUGAAGCCAAGUUGGACGAUCUAAGUUUGAAAAUGAAUCGCACCACAGUUACAGCGCUAAUGGAUUUAGCUGGUCUAUUAGGAACAGACGAGAAGAAUAAUGCUCCUAUGCCUGAAGACAUUGAAUCAGUACUUGACACGUAUGUGAUAAGAUCGAGUUUGGAAACUAAAAUGCUCAAAAUCAAUAUGUGUUAUCCGGGAAACAAAACUCAAUUGGGUCAAAUAUUGCUGUCUAAUCCAAAGUUUGUAACAACGAUGACUUUAAACCAACCUCAGGAAACUAUGACGGUUGAUAUAUCUAUGUUAGGGAUGAAAAUUGAUGAUUUUACACCAAAUUAUUCGGAUUUAUAUAGAGAACGAGUUUUUUUCCAUGACAGCGCUUCGCGCCCAUCACCUAUGCAGAUUCAUAUUGUUAAGUAUCUGGGUGAAAAUAGAAUUAGAGACUGUGAUCUUUCUCUCGAUUUGAGUGUCCCACAAACCAUGAACUUCUUCUACGUUCAUACGCACAGAUUCUUCUCCGACUUCACCGAUUUCUGGCUGCAGUUUCUGGAGCUUCAAGACCAAAUUAUUAAGAGUAGAAAAGAAAAUGUGGUUGAAGGAGGUCGUGCAAAAGUUCUACUCGAUCUGUCGAUCUUAUCACCAACAACAAUUAUACUUCCACUCAACCAAUGUAGUGAUCAAGUUUUGAUUUUGGAAUCAACCGGUUUGCGGUUUACCAAUUCUUUCAAAAAACUCAGCUCAAUCGAACAUAUUUUCAUGAACAAUUUCAUUGAAACUGACCAUGGAUUCGAUAAAGAAGUUGACUGUACACUUGACUGUGGAAACGUGAUAAUGAAAAACGUUUGUGCUUUUGAAGGAAGGAGAUUUGGAUCUAAUCACAAAAAGUUUGACACAAGACACGCUAGAUUGGUUGGUCGUCACUUUUUCAUAAAAAAUGAGUUUUGGGCCUCAAAGAAAAACAUCUUCAGCAAAGCUUUUGAUUUCGUUUUUGAUGUUUUCCGGAACCUAGACGGCGUGUUUUCUCAUAAUGCUCCUGAUUUGACCGUUCUAUCGAGUAUUCACGAUAUGACGUGGUACGUCACUACAGACUUCUACAUGCUGUUUCGAGGUAUACUAGAAAAGAAUAUUGCUGACCCUCGUCAUAUUGUACCCGAAACAGUUCCUAUUCAAAUAUUACAAAAACCAGAAGUGGGAUGCGAAGUAAACUGUGAUUUCAAUUAUUCCACAUUAUCAUUCCGAAUGUUGUUUGAAAAUGUACAGCUAGAGCUGCUAGCUCCGAAAAAGGUUACACCAUCUGUAUUGUUCGGCAAUGAGUACCAAGAUUUCGGACGUAUGGAGUUAAGAAACGCUCAAGUUUCAUUCGAUGUCUUUAUCGACGGCCAGAAUGAAUUCGAUCUGAUUUGCCAAAGUACAAAGCUGAUAGAUACAAGACAGAAAGUUAAUGAUGAAAAAAAUCUUCAUCCCGUUAUUCUAGAACCACGAGAUCCGAGUUGUAUGGACGAUACCUCUUUAAUGGCGGAAGCCCAUUUAAUGAUAAAAAAAGAUGAGCCACCCAUCAUUACGCUGGUAUUGAUGAAUGCACGAGUAAUUCUGCUACCUGAUUGGUUGAACGAUGCCAAGGAGUUCAUAUUACUAACAUCAAACUUUGUUCCUAAAUAUUCUGAUGAUCCUUCUAGGUAUCGUCAUUGUAUGAGAGGUGUGGUAGAUCGAACCAAUCUUGGUUGUGUCCACUUCAAUCAUGAGCAAACGUUUUCCGUUAAGAUCACCUUGAGAGACAGUGAUCUUUAUGUACUUGAAGCACCUUCUAAAGUAAAUUCUCUAGCCUUAGUGAUUUCAACUACUGCGCUAUUGAACAUGAAUGAUGCGAAUGGAGAGCUCAAUGCCAACCUAGAAGUUCAGAGUGUAACUGUCGGAUGGUGCUCAAUGCAAGAGGAAGAAAUAUCAAUGACCUCGUGUUCGAACAAAUUCGCGAUUGGAAUAUCUUUGGGUGUUGAUCAUAAGCUUCACCAAAAUAAUGGAUUGCCGGAAAUUUUCUUCAGGAAACACGUUUUGGAGGUUGGCGUUAGAGGGCUGAUAGGAAGGAUGUCAUUUAAAGAUAUAAAAGUCGUUAUGACGAUUUUGGAUUCCUUCAAGAAGAGCUUGAAUGAUUAUACCGUGAAAUCGUUGAUACCUGUCGUCAGAAUUGUAGAUCCUAGCAAAGUUUUAUGUUUGGAACGAAUAGUAGUCAGAGCUGAUCACAUGGAUGUUUGGAUUCUUGAUGAUUAUCAAGGAAGCGCUAUUCCAUUCCUUCGACUCUCUUUUUCGAAUUUUGAAGUUGAUCAUAAAUCGGAUAAAGUGGAAGCAAAGCUUUCCUUCAGUACAGAUUACUUCAAUCAAAGAGUCUUCGGGUGGGAGCCGUUAAUAGAGAAAUGGAUCAUAACGAGAUUCCUUUCGAAAAAGAAAGAUAAAACUCACAAGAUUGAACUAAUAGCUGAAUCAAGAACUCCGCUAGAUAUCAACAUCACGGAACAGCUUGUGCAACAAAUGAUGCAGAUGUCUGCUAGAUGGCCUUCCAUUCAAUCAUCACUUGAGAAAGAAGAAUACAGAAAUUCAUUCAUGAAAACUCGCACUGAUCAUCUACCUUAUCUAUUCAAGAAUGAGACAGGCUCUGAAGUGAAAUUCACUACAGAAGUCGCAGAUGUCUUGGCUUCCAGGAAUGAGCAUAGGAAAACAAAUGCAAGAUGGAUUUGCGUUCCCAAGAAUAAAGAGCAGACUUUCGAAUUUCCAACUAAGCUACUUUUAUAUUCGCAAAAUGAGCGUGAACCCCCGCGACAGUUGAUUAUACGGGUGACUGGCUGGGAUGAAAUUUCUCAAGUGAAUGUAGACUCUUGUGGAACGUAUUUCAGAGUUGUCAAAGCUGAUAAUCCUGGGUCGCCCAAUGCUAGAUUAGUUAUCAAAGUAACAAUGGAAAAAGAUGGAAAGAAAGUUGUAGCAGUCAGAUCUUCUCUUCAAGUUCAUAAUCAUUUCCCUCAUCCAAUUGAUAUCUAUGUUGACAAGAUAUCAAAUCCUAUACUAACUGUUGGCUUAUCUGAAUCAUUGCCCAUUCCCUUGGAAUUUGCUCAUAACUCCUUUACUGUAAAACCGAAGUGUGGGCAAGAAAAGAAAGCAAAGGCUGAAAUCAGUUGGCGCGGUAUAAGAAAAGCGGGACAGUCUAUAAAUACGACACAACGUUUGGACGGAGUUUCAAAAGAUUCAAAUUGGUUAUGCACAAUGGUUAGGCGUGACUAUUACCCUGAAGACGAAAAUUUACCUGGACAUUCGGUUUACAUUGUCGCACCGUUAACGAUUCAGAAUCUUCUCCCAAUCGAUGUUGAAAUACGGAUGAGUGAUCAAACAUUUGCUAUCAGAGCAGGAAAGCAACUUCAGAUAACAACUGUCGAUAUAACAGCAACCCUCAGUUUCAAUAUCUGUACUGACAGACUGAAAACUUCUCAGAGUAUUCAAAUAUCAAAGUCAUCAAUUUCAAGUGGCAAGCAGCUUCAAAUCUAUUUGCAAGAUGCCGAGAACCGCCAUCUCAGUAUGUAUGUAAAUUUACAAAUUGGUCUUGGUGGUUCCUUGUCCAUGUCUCUGUGGGUAACGUAUUGGAUAGUCAAUAAAUCGGGAAUUCCUUUGGUCAUCAAGCAAGAGGGGGCUACUUCCGAAUCUUCUGGACAAGGCGAUGAACAUGAAAAGGCGAAAGACAAGCAUCCCUUAAUGUUCAGUUUUUCUGAUCCGAGCUGUCCCCAUCAAUGCGCGGUUCGAGUUGGGAAGUCAUUUGUGACUGAACCUGGUUACACUCCUUUAUUUGGCCGGAAAUUCCCUUUGAUACCAGGAGUUCAAGCAAUCAAGCUGAAGCUCGUGCAUGAUAACUUACCUACUUUGUAUUACAAUGUCGGAGUAGAAGUAAGACCGGGAACUGGUCGUUACAAAGACACUCAAGUUGUUCUUCUUACAUCUCGAUACCUGAUUAAUAAUCAGUCCUCAUAUGAUAUUUCUGUUAGCCAUUCUGGUGAUGGGCUGGAUAAGAGCCCUGUUUCAAAUUGCGUCGAUAUAUCAGCCCAGUCCAGUAUAGUCUGGAACGAGAAGGUCCAAAAGGAGUUCAUAAGAGUUAAACGUUCAGAUGUCAAGUAUUGGAGUUGUCCGUUCCGAAUAGAUCGUAUAGGAUCGUUCCAUGUGACUAUGAGAAAUGAGGAUGAAACUCCACGCUUCAUCAGAGUAGAAAUUAUUCUAAGUAGUGCAGCAUUUUGCGUUACGUUCACUGAUGCGGAAUAUUACCCAUCGCCUAUUAGAAUUGAUAACCAAUCUGAUGUACCGGUUUUGUAUCAGCAAUUCUCGGACUGUUUGAUAAGUUCUCAUUUCCGUACUAUCUGCAAAGCUAGAAGUCAUGUGGAUUAUGCCUGGGAUGAUAUAUACGGACAAAAACUCAUCGUUCUUCAGUUAUAUGAAAACAAGUCUCAUCCCUAUGAUCCUGCUCGACCUGGAGUAGAUGAAAGAGCUUUGGUGUACGAAAAUAAUGCAUAUUUACAACUCGUGUCAUCUUUCAAAAGAUCGAGCAAUCCUAGAACAGAAGAAUGUGAGCUUGUACUGGAAACACUGACCAAGGGGAAAGUAACCUUGAAUAAACAGAACAGAGUUGAUGCCAACUACGGUAAUCAGUUGUGGAAGCUUUGCGAUGAUGGUUACAUCGAAAACAUCGGUCUACAACGGCGUUAUAAUGAGAGAAAAGUUUUGGAUGUUCUGGAAAAUGGAGACUAUCAACUAAUGAUGAAGACUGUCGAUCCAGCACGAGAGAAUUAUCAAAAGUGGAUGUUCAAGCCAAGUGGUCAAAUCUGCCUCAAGUCACGUCCAGAUUUGAUCGUGACGGCAAAAAGAACUGAAGUUUGCUUAUCUAAAAAUGACCCUACUAGUGAGAUCAAUGAGGAGCACAUACCAGUUUCACAAGUUUGGAAAAUCAGUCGUCAACGACCUGGAAGUGGUGUACUGGAAGUUGAGUGUCUGCACAGUGGUCCGACUUUGGUAGUCAGGAUCACAGAUCGAGAGAAAAGACGUGCACCUGUUCGAUCCUCCGCGAAGCAAACUCCAGAUAUAUGCGAGUUGAGUAUUUCCAUGAAAAGUGGAAUAGGAAUUUCUAUAAUCAAUGGAUUAUACGAAGAAAUUCUCUAUGGACGAUUAUCUCUCAUUGAAGCCUGCGCUCAAAUUCAUAAUGAAAGUUAUAGUCUUCAUGCAAGUAUAGGACAUAUUCAAGUUGAUAAUCAGUUGAACGGUGCCGAAAAAGUACCAUUAAUCUAUUAUCAAACGCUAAACUCCGAAGAUCUGGAAGCAGAACAGACCAGAGAUCUGCCUGCGGGUGUUCCAUCUGCCCACAGUCCUGCUCUGAAGCUCGAAAUGAACUGCACCCCGAAAAAGAACUACGAUGCAUUCGAUUGUUUCCGAUUGAAGUUCUGCAAUGUUAAUGUCAAUUUGGACGAGUUGAUUCUAUGGAAAUUGAUCCAAUUCGUUCAAGCUUCUGAUGUGUCUUCGAGUGUUCAACAAAAAGCUCUUAAUUUACCGCCCAACUUGGAAAUUGAAAGACCUGAUCCUCUCAAAACUAGACGUUGGUAUUUCGGAACGUUAGAGUUAGUAAUGGGACAGAUUGCUCUGAGUGUUACAACUGUGUCGAAGUCCAGUUUACCUAUGGAGUUGCAAAAUUUGAAAGAACAGUUCAACAUUAAGCUUGUGUCAUUUGAGAACGCCACUGUUGCUCUGCCAGAUUUUCGGCAGUCCCAUUAUUUCGAGACAUCUACGUUCCUAUUAGAGUCAUUACAGAAAUUUUACUUUGCUGAGCUCAAGAAACAAACUAUCAAUAUUAUUGUUACUUUGGAUGCGUUCGGAAAUCCCUUAGGUCUAGUAACCGAUUUGAAAGAUUGUUUCCAAGGACUGUUCAUUGAAGGAGACGUUCAAAGAUUCUUAGCUGGUUUAGGCUAUGGUGUUUCCAACAGUGUCUCAAAAAUGGCAUCAUCAAUGGCUUCUGGAGUGGGGUCGUUCACUUUCGAUCAGGAUCAUGAGUUACGUCGUCGAAAUAUGAUUCGUUCUCAAAGCGUUUCCUCUACUCCUCUUACUCAUCUGUAUUCUGGUGUUAAAGGCUUGGGUAUGGGAGUUUUUGGCGGUGUUACAGCCAUUCUGACUAAUACUAUAGCUGAGAGCAGAAAAAGUGGCUAUGCAAAAGGAGCUUUUAUUGGGAUAACAACUGGUGCAGUCGAUACUGUUACUAAACCAGUACAAGGAUUAUUCGACUUGGUAGAAGGAACUGCAACUGCCAUGAAAGAACUCGCUGGCUCCACUGCAUCAGGGUCAAGGAGAAGUGUUGUCCUAGGAAAAAUAAGACCUCCUCGAGUAUGUCGAGAUCUUUUCCAUUUAUUACCACCGUAUAAUCUCAAACUGGCAAACUGUCAAAUGGAAAUGCUCCGUAUAAAUGGUUAUUCAAUGAAAGAGAGACUGCUUGAUGUGGAAACAUCACUCGAGCAAGUUGAAGGAGUCAGUCGAAUAGUGCGUUACUAUGCGUUGGUAUCAACAAAACAAUGCUAUGUAUGUAAACAGAUUAACAACGAAUCCUCGAAUGUUAUUCAUUGCAUUCCUUAUAAGUAUCUGCGUUCCGUUAAGCCUUUCGUGGAGAAGAAGAUGAAUUGCGCUUUAAUAGAUGUCCGGUUGGACAACACUGAAAGUCGGAAUGAUAAACCUGUUCAAAUUUGGUGUAGUAGUGAAAUGGUUGCACGAAAGUUAGCUGAUAAGAUCAUGAGAGCUAAGCACGAAUAUGAUCAUAGUAAGAGAACACUAAUAGAAAAUACUUUUUCAUAUCCUAUAUAA